AAAGCUGUAGUUUGAGUCCCUCACCGCACACUCUGCUUCCUUUUCUUCUUCUUCUUCCUCCUCCUCCUCCUCCUCUUCUUCCUCAGACAGACCCGCUGCAGAGAUGCGUGUCCUGAAGUCCGCGCUCGCGCUCGCCUGCCUCGCGGUGCUGGUGUACGGGUGCGCGAGCUCACCGGCCGACAGAUGCGGGGUGCUGGGGCAGUGUGCGCAGGUGAACUCCAGCAGGAGCGCUGAUCUUGUGAACGUGUCUCUGUAUUAUGAGUCUCUGUGUCCCGGCUGUCGGCAGUUUCUGGUGUUACAGCUCAUGCCGACCUUCAUCAUGCUGAGAGACAUCAUGAAUGUGGAGCUCGUCCCGUACGGCAACGCAGAGGAGAAGCAGGUCGGAGACAAGUACGAGUUCACCUGUCAGCACGGACCAACCGAGUGUCUGGGCAACAUGAUCGAGACGUGUGUGCUGAAAAAACUGGGCGGUGUUGCGUAUCCAGUGAUUUACUGCAUGGAAGCGGCUGCGGAUGUGGUGAAGGCAGCGGAAUCUUGUCUUGCCCUGUUCAGCCCAGAUACGCGCUUCGGUGACAUCAUGGCGUGUGCGAACGGUGACGAGGGAAAUCAGUUGAUGCACGAGAACGCCAAGAAAACCGGAGCUUUACAGCCACCGCAUCAAUACGUGCCGUGGAUCACCAUCAACGGAGAGCACACUGAUGACCUGGAGGAGAAAGCAACGAGCUCGCUCUUCCUACUCGUCUGCAGUCUGUACAAGGGGAAGGCUCCUGCAGCGUGCGCUCUCGGACAGAAGGUGGUGAAGACAAAUUACUGCUGAAGAUGUUUAACUCUGACUGUAAACCUGAAUCAUUAAAUCAUUAAAUGGUGAAUGCACUGCAGUGGUGAUUUUUAUACACGCUGUUCAGGAAUGCUGUACGAGUGUGAACACUAGAGCGUUCAGCCAGAAUUACUUCAAUAAAACAAUUUUUUUAAUCUGUAA